AGUAAAUAACUAAGAAACUUACGAUCGUGUACCGAUGACAUUUUUACGAGCAAACACUUUAUCUCUUCUUUAAUAUAUACAGAAAAACAUGAAGAUUCACAGUUAAAUUAUUGCGAAUUUCUUCGUCGACAAUUCUUUACACAAUCAGUUCAUCAUAGACACAUGCACUGUUCCUUUCUACUGGAACAUGGAACGCGUGGACAGCUGAUUUCAAAUCGAAGCAGGGAAUACGAGAAGCGGAACUGUAAUGGCGGAUCCAAAGUAAGCUGUCAAAGAAUGGUGCAUUAUAGUUUUGGUUUGAUUCAUGGAUCAUCAAAUAUAAUUAAUCUACGAUCAAGUGAAAAGUUCAUCAAUAUGUAUCCAGUAUGUGAAAUCGUCGAAUUAGCAAUGCAGCCGAUGUAAAUUGUACAUGUGUAUAUAUAUAUAGCUGAAAGCGCCGAGCGUCUUGUAUUAAUUGUACAUACCAACCAAUACCUUGUAAAACUGUUUUUUCUUUACAAUGAUGAAUAACCGGAGGCGAACAAAUAACUUUACAUAUGUUAGUUCAUGUGUAAAGUAUAUGAUAUUUAUGCUCAAUUUCGUUUUCUGGUUAUUCGGAGGAUUGUUGAUCGGAGUUGGUUUAUACGCAUUCGUGGACAAAUGGCAAGCUACUGGAUCUGUUAGAGUGGAGAAUGUAUAUGACGUGGUCUUGAAUAUUUCUCUUGUAAUGGUCAUCGCAGGAGGAGUGGUAUUUGUUGUUAGUUUUGCAGGAUGUGUUGGAGCAUUGCGUGAAAAUACAUGUCUUCUGAAAUUUUAUUCGCUGUGUCUGUUAGUCUUCUUUCUUCUUGAAAUGGGUGUAGCAAUUGUUGGCUUUGUAUUCCCGCAUACAUUGCAAUCAUUGUUAGAGGAAUCAUUUACAGAUAAAAUCAUACAAACAUAUAGAGAAGAUCCUGAUCUACAAAACUUCAUUGAUUUUGGACAACAAGAAUUUCGGUGUUGUGGUUUGAGUCAAGAAGGAUAUUUAGAUUGGGGAAAGAACGAAUACUUCAAUUGUUCCAGUCCUAGCGUAGAACGCUGUGGUGUACCGUUCUCUUGUUGUAUUAAUGCUACAGACAUAUCAAGUGGUCUUGUGAAUAUAAUGUGUGGAUACAAAGUUCAAAUGUUACCAGUCUCUGAAGCAGGGAAGAAGGUAUGGACUAGUGGUUGUAUUGAAAUUGUAAGAAGUUGGGCAGAACGAAAUUUGUAUACGAUAGCUGGUAUCGCUUUGGGCAUAGCCCUUAGUCAGUUAUUCGUAAUUUAUCUUGCUAAAACGCUAGAAGGUCAAAUUGAAUUGCAAAAAUCUCGUUGGCAUUCCUGAGCUUGACUUCAGGCCACCUACCGCUACCAGAUUCAUUCCCCUCCUAGCUGGCAGGUGGCCAGUGGCCGAACAAGAGGCCAGGACGUUGAAACGCACGUAAAUGUUCGAAUGACAUUACUCGUUCUUUUCGCGAUCUUUGUAUACAUAUUAUGCAUUCUUUUUCUAAUUAGACUUGUUCUUUAUUUUAAAAAUUAUUUUCAUAAAUAUUUAAACAAAGGUUAGCAUUUACUUAUAUACAUAUAUAUAUAUAUAUACAUUUCUCUGUUAUUAUAGAUAAGUUUUAUACUUUCUUGUCAUUUUUAUCAAAUUCUCGAAUGAUAUAGCCAUAUACAUUUUCCAUAAAAAAUUUUACCUAUAUAGCAGCAAGUUGGUUAAACUAGUUUAAUAGAGAAAAGAAGAUCUGAGUCUGAACUUUCGGUUACACGUGAAUUUACUUUUGCAAAAACUACUUACAUAUAAAUAGAAAUUUGAGUUAAUAGAAGAUUAUUGAAAGAUACAGUGAUGAUGAGUAAAUGCCAAGGUAAUUGAUUCAGUACUAACGUGCAAUAAUUACACAUGUAUGAUUUUCUUGAAGAAUAUCCUCGUACAAUAUUAAAUUUUAUAUGAUAGUAAUUUUUGCAUAAGAUUUUCAAAGUAUCAUCAUCAUAUUGUAUCCAUAUAUAUAAGUACUGAGCAGUUUAAGAUUUUAAAUAAUUGACCCAUAAAAGACUUAUCAUGACAUUAUAUAAUUUACAAAGUAGAAACAAUCUAUACAAGAUUCAAACUCUUUUUUUACUGUUCAUUUUUUUCUCACUAUGUUUACAUAAUUAUUUACAGAAAUGUUUUAACCUUUUGCCUUUCUUUAAAGAAAAAGUAAUGAUUAUCAAACAGAAUAGAAUACAAUAAACAAGUACACAGAUAAAACACGCACAUCGCUUGAAAAAGUUAAUUUCGGAACUCUUUUGAUACGUAUCAAUUUUUUUAAUCGUUAUACAGCAUGUUAUAAAAAUAUCAGUAAGCAUAUAGUCAUUUACGAAUCAAUAUAGUUUCCUUUUAUUAUACUAUAUUAAUAUAACUCUAACGUAUAAACGAGAAAACGUCCAGUGCCAAAGUCAGAAUAUUGUCUAACAUUUUUAUUUGGAUCAAAACCUGACAAUAAUCUGGUGUAAACAAUUCGUUUAUUGAGUGCAUAUGGAGUACAUUUGUGUGUCUUUUUAUCAAGAAUAAAUGUAAAACUGAUAUAUGAAUCUAUCUAGUUUGUAAUAAAUAAGUAUUAUUCUAAUAUUGUGUUCUUGCCAUUACCAGUGAACUAUUAUACAUGGAAAGAAGGGGAAAAGAUGUUUAAUAAAUCUACAAAUUGAAUUAUGUAAAAAUGAAAGAAACAAAAACUGGUGUUAUCAUUUAUUGUAAAUAAUUUUAUUUGUAUAAAGAAAUAUCUACAGGCAUGCUAUCCGAAUAUUCUAAAAUAACACUUUGCCCGUUGACAAGUUCAGAGUUUUCUAACAGUGUUGUCAAUGGUGUAUCCAUCUCAUCGCAUAUUAGUGCACCAGUUGCAUGAUGAAAUAAUUGUAAUCUACAUGCACCUGCUACAUUAUUGUUGUUAGAUAUUUUAAGCGUGUCGGCCAAUGAAUCUAUGGCUUUACCAAUCGGCCAAGUCAUGUUCACGAAAAUGCCCUUUGACGGCCCUAUGUUCUUAUUUGUUAUUUUAAUUGGUGGAUACACAAGGAAGUAACAACGUUUGUUCAUUGGUACAUUUUUAGGACCAACAGCAGUACCCUUUAUACG